AUGACCAAUUUCAAAAUAUUGUUGGUGGCAAUUUAUUUUUCUACUGGAGUGUUGAAGAGUCAAACGUCUGCUUUGGCGCCGUUGGAAAAAUCAUUUGCCGAGUUGUAUUUCGAGACUCUGAAGGAACAUGAGUGUACAUACCAGGCCGCCUAUGAAUGCUCGAAGGCAGGGCACGGGUACUGCGUCUUUGAUGACGUCUGCAUAUGUGAUGAUGGUUUCGCGGGAGAAAGAUGCACCGAGAAUUUGUUACGAUGGGAGGAUGAGGGAAUGUAUGAGAGACACGACGAGCCGAGCCCCAUCAUAAGGAGAUGGAUGGAAUUUAAUGACGUCACUUCCGUCAAUGUCACGUGGCCGACCUACACAGGAAUCACGAAGGAGGUCGCCGACUCAAAGUGCCAGGAGGUUUAUGGGGAGAAAAAUCCGUACAAGACUAUCUGCCAUGAUAAUCGCACCAUGGUUGAGGAGGAGAUAUGGGACAAGUGCAUGCUGGGUAUUCAAAUGACGGGCCAACUGAACGGCGCUUACGCCUUCUUUCUUGACUACGUGACAGGCAUCUCAUGCAGUUAUGUCGAUCCGGAGAUGGUAAAAAAUCAGUUGCUGAACAAAAUAUAA